CCGCCCCGAGAGCAGGGGACAGCGGACGAGCAGCGCCCCGCAGGAGUCCUCGGCCCUGCACGGCCCGGCCCGGCCCGACCCAGGGUGCAGAGCUCCACAUUGCUCUCAUCUCCUUGUGAGUGGGAUUGGCACCUCAGCUGCAUUUCCUGCCCAGACUGCUCCAGCAGGUAUCGACAAGCUCGGGCCGAGAGCCUGCGGUACCAGAAUUCUGGGUACUCAAGGACUCACACGCAGAUAAAUAAAACCGCGGAGUUGAAGGAGGGCCCAGGCAUGGAAGAACUGAUAUGGGAGCAGUAUACCGUGACCCUACAAAAGGAUUCCAAGAGAGGAUUUGGAAUUGCAGUGUCCGGAGGCAGAGACAACCCCCACUUUGAAAAUGGAGAGACAUCGAUUGUCAUUUCCGAUGUGCUUCCAGGUGGACCAGCCGAUGGCCUGUUACAAGAAAAUGACAGGGUGGUUAUGGUCAAUGGCACCCCCAUGGAAGAUGUGCUCCAUUCAUUUGCUGUCCAACAGCUGAGAAAAAGUGGGAAGAUCGCUGCCAUUGUAGUCAAGAGGCCCAGGAAGGUGCAGCUGGCCCCCCGGCAGGGCAGCCCAGCAGUCAUCGAGGAUGAGCGGGCAUUUGAGGUGCUGGAUGAGUUUGAUGGCCGGAGCGCGCGCAGUGGGUACAGCGAGCGCAGCCGGCGCAGCAGCCGCGGGGAGCGCAGCCGCAGCUGGGAGGACAGCCCGGAAAGGGGACGCCACCGCGAGCGCAGCAGAGGGCGCAGCCUGGAGCGUGGCCUGGAUGAGGACGACUAUGGGCGGGCGCGGGCGCGUGAGCGCAGCCGGGGCCGCAGCCUGGAGCGCAGCUUGGACGAUGAUGGCUAUGGGCGGCCCCGUCACUGUAGUCGGGGCCGUGUCCUGGACCGCGACUACAGCCCGGAGGGCGACUAUGUCCGCAGCGUGCAGCCAGAUACCCGCUAUCAGGCCUCCCGCAGCCGUAGCCGGGAGCACCUGCACUCCCGCAGCCCCAGCCCUGAGCCCAGGGCCCGAGUGGACCAUGCGGGCCCGGAGGACACAGACAGGCCCAUUGGUGUGCUCCUGACGAAGAGCAAAGCCCACGAAGAGUAUGGUCUCCGGCUUGGGAGUCAGAUCUUCAUAAAGGAAAUGACCAGAACAGGUCUCGCAACUAAAGAUGGCAACCUGCAUGAAGGAGAUAUCAUUCUCAAGAUAAAUGGAACUGUAACUGAGAACAUGUCUUUAACGGAUGCUCGGAAACUCAUAGAAAAGUCAAGAGGCAAACUUCAGCUAGUCGUGCUGAGAGACAGCAAGCAGACGCUCAUUAACAUCCCUUCACUCAAUGACAGUGACUCCGAAAUAGAAGAUAUCUCAGAAAUAGAAUCAAACCGGUCAUUUUCUCCAGAGGAGAGGCGGCAGCAGUAUUCCGAUUAUGACUACCAUUCUUCCAAUGAGAAGCUGAAGGAAAGGCCAAAUUCAAGGGAGGACGGGAGCAAGUGGUCCAGGAUGAGUGCCACCCCCACGCCAUUCAAGUCCAGUGGGGACCUCGCCGCUGCAGGUGGCCCCGAGCCCAGCAAGGAACCCCCAGUUCCUCAACCAAAGGCUGCUCCAAGAACUUUUCUUCGGCCCAGUCCUGAGGAUGAAGCAAUAUAUGGACCCAAUACCAAAAUGGUGAGGUUCAAGAAGGGCGACAGUGUGGGCCUUCGGUUGGCUGGUGGCAAUGAUGUCGGGAUCUUUGUGGCUGGCAUUCAGGAGGGGACCUCAGCAGAACAAGAAGGACUUCAAGAAGGGGACCAGAUUCUGAAGGUGAACACGCAAGAUUUCAGAGGGCUGGUUCGGGAAGAUGCUGUUCUCUACCUGUUAGAAAUCCCCAAAGGUGAAAUGGUGACCAUUCUAGCUCAGAGCCGAGCUGAUGUAUAUAGAGACAUCCUGGCUUGCGGCAGAGGCGACUCCUUCUUUAUAAGAAGCCACUUUGAAUGCGAGAAGGAGACCCCACAGAGCCUGGCCUUCACCAGGGGCGAGGUCUUUCGAGUGGUGGACACUCUGUACGAUGGCAAGCUGGGCCACUGGCUGGCCGUGAGGAUCGGAAACGAGUUGGAGAAAGGCUUAAUUCCCAACAAAAGCAGGGCAGAACAGAUGGCCAGUGUUCAGAACGCCCAGAGGGAUAACGCUGGGGACAGAGCAGACUUCUGGAGGAUGCGUGGCCAGAGAUCUGGCAUGAAGAAGAACUUGAGGAAGAGUCGCGAGGACCUCACAGCGGCUGUGUCUGUCAGCACCAAGUUCCCAGCUUACGAGAGGGUUUUGCUACGAGAAGCUGGCUUCAAGAGACCUGUGGUACUGUUUGGUCCCAUAGCAGAUAUAGCUCUGGAAAAGUUGGCAAAUGAACUACCUGACCUGUUCCAAACUGCUAAAACGGAACCAAAAGAUGCAGGCUCCGAGAAAUCCAGCGGGGUGGUACGUUUAAAUACAGUGAGGCAGAUUAUUGAACAGGACAAGCAUGCUCUAUUGGACGUGACUCCCAAGGCUGUGGACUUGUUGAAUUAUACUCAGUGGUUCCCGAUUGUGAUUUUUUUCAACCCAGACUCUAGGCAAGGUGUCAAAACCAUGAGGCAGAGGUUGAAUCCAACAUCCAACAAAAGUUCUCGCAAGUUAUAUGAUCAAGCAAACAAGCUUAAAAAAACGUGUGCACAUCUCUUUACAGCUACAAUCAACCUCAGUUCAGCCAAUGAUAGCUGGUUUGGCAGCUUGAAGGAUACAAUUCAGCAUCAGCAAGGAGAAGCAGUAUGGGUCUCUGAAGGAAAGAUGGAAGGGAUGGAUGAUGACCCUGAAGACCGCAUGUCCUACUUAACCGCCAUGGGCGCGGACUAUCUGAGUUGCGACAGCCGCCUAAUCAGUGACUUUGAAGACACGGACGGGGAAGGAGGCGCCUACACUGACAAUGAGCUGGACGAACCAGCUGAGGAGCCUCUGGUGUCGGCCAUCACUCGCUCCUCGGAGCCGGUGCAGCACGAAGAGAACAUAAGGAAGCCCAGCCCAGAGCCCCGAGCUCAGAUGAGGAGGGCUGCUAGCAGAGAUCAACUUAGGGACUAUAGCCCACCCCCAGCAUUCAAGCCAGAGCCGCCCAAGCAGAUGAAACCACAAGUCAGAGAAGACUCCUUUGACUACUCCAGAUCCCAGGAGUACAGGUCAAGCCCCUCAGCCAUGACUGGCAAUGAAAUUCUGGGGGCCCCUGCCAAAGGGUGUCCACCCCCUGUUGCCAUGAAACCUGCCCUCGGACGCUCCAUCCUGAAGCCUUCCACGCCUGUGCCCCCUCCAGAGAGUGAGGAGGCUAGGGAGGGCAGCGAGGAGCCGGACAACACUCCCAGGUCUGUCCUGGGCAAGGUGAAAAUAUUCGAGAAGAUGGAUCACAAGGCAAGGUUGCAGAGAAUGCAUGAGCUGCAGGAAGCACAGAAUGCAAGGGUUGAAAUUGCUCAGAAGCACCCAGAUAUCUAUGCAGUUCCUAUCAAAACACACAAGCCAGACCCCUGCCCUCCCCAGUACUCAAGAGUCCCUGAGCCACAGAAAGUUCCUUCCAGAUCCUAUCAGGAUGCCAGAGGAAGUUAUGGCAGUGACGCUGAAGAGGAGGAAUACCGCCAGCAGCUGUCAGAGCACUCAAAGCGCGGGUACUACAGCCAGCCCUCCCGAUACCGGGACACAGAGCUAUAGAUGCUUAGGAAUAGACUCCUCUGUGCCAGCUGCUGCCACCUCAGAGUCACAGUCCUGCAGUGUCUUGGGUGGUUCUGGCUGGUGAAAAUGCACUGAGGUGGGCCCUGAGCUCCUGCUUCCUCCUGGGUUUGGUUGUGGAUGUGGGUGAGGGUAGUGCUCAGGACAACCCAUGCAAAUGAAGAAACUAAAGGCUCUGUUUGUGGGAUGGGAAUUUCUGACUUUCUACUCAGAACUAAGAGAAACACUACAGUCUGUACUGUUAGCUGCUCAGUGGACCAAACUUUGUAUUAAUUCUCUUUGCAUAUUUUAACAUGUAUAUUAUGAGGCGAUAACUACUUUUCCUCAUUAAUAACUGCCUUCAAGGACUGCUUCCACUUGAGGCAAUAUGAACAACAAAGAAAUACAGAACUGUCAGACUUAAUCUAAAAUCAGAGAAGUAUUUUAUUACGAGUUUAAGUGCCUUUGAUGAGAAGUGUCUUAAGUAUUUUUCUUUUCUUAAAGCUUUGUGCAAACUUACAGUGGACUGAACCUUUUUUUAAACCAGAACACUGCUCAACUCUGGCAGAUGGUGGUGCAGGGGAUUGAACCUGGGACUUUGGAGCCUCAGGCAUGAAAGUCUUUGCAUAACCAUUAUAUUAUCUACCCUCUGCCCUGUACUAUACCAUUUUGACAAAAUUUUAUACCAAUUUAGUAGCUAUGGUUUUCUCUGCACUGUGUCAUCUUUUCAAGGCAUUUGUCUUUGUAAUAUUUUCCAGAUAUUCUGACUGUAUAUAUAAUAGUAAUAUUUGGUAGUUUUAAUAGUAAUACACUGGUAGCUAGUGACCAGUGCUAAAUUGCUUAAAGACCAAGAGGUUGGUAUAGAUAUAUAUAUAUUUUUUUUUUUGUCUAAAAUUAUGUACUUCACAAAUGCAGAUACUUAAGAAAAAAAUGUUAUUUCCAAAAGUGUGCAUUGACAACCAUUUUAUAAUUUAAUAAAAGGAGAACAUUACAAUCAAUAA